GAACGCCAAAUUAAAACGCGUGCAAGCUGUUGACAAGCAUGAGGCUUUAAACUACUUAGUUGGAAUUUGCUCUUUAGAAAUGUCUCCCUGUAAUCUUUCAGUUUGAUCAAGUUAGCCUGCUUGAAACUGAAACUGAAAUCCACGAGCACGCUUCUUGUUUUCGAAUUGCAUUGGCCCACAAACAUAUGAUAGACCCAUCUUCAUUUUUUCAAUUCUUGCAGACGAACGCUAGUUGAUCCGAAACAGAUGUGGUUUAAAGCAAAUAAAGAGCGAGCUCUCUUUUUACGAUGUGUCGCUUCAAUGACCCAGACAUCAAAUGUUUGUAGAUAGCUAAUGCCGCGUAGACAAUCAGGGUAAGUACACUGCUAUAGCUGAGCAAAAUUUUAAGGUCAGUUAAAUCUCACUCCACGAAAUAUUGCAUUAAGCGAGAAAUUUCUUUAAUUGGUUCUUGGGGCACUAAGUUUCCGAGAUCAUGCACUAUAAAUUGGAGCAUUCGAUGUGUUCAAGGAGAAAACAUAUUGCAGAAUUGUGGGAAUGAGAUGAAACAGAGAUUGCUGCAGAGUUCAACUAAUCUUUGUUAGCAGACUCGAUUGAGUAUUGUGGGUUUUGCUGACCUGUGGGUUUUGCUGACUAUUUACCUCGUGAAAUAGCAUUUUUAAUCAAAUAGGUGGGUAAUUUGAGAAAAGAAUUAUAUACCUCGACUUUAGGUUAGUGAAAUGCCUUUUGAUUAUCACAAGGUGGGGUACAAGUGCUGGUCUUACUAGGUUGGACAAUUGGAACAAAUGGGCACAACAAGGUCAGACAGGUUUUGAUCAUUUUCUGCAUUGAGUGGAGCUAGACCUAUCAGAAGGUGUGUGGGCCUUUGCGAUUUAUCAAACGGUGUGUGCUAGAUCAAGAAGCUACUGCGCUAAAAGAGGAUCGUUUAAUGCGGUUUUGUCAUAGCCAGGGGCGAAUUUAGGCCUGCGGUAUCAGUGAAAAAUUAAUCUAGUUUUAGUGAUGGGUCUCAAUCCAGCUGAUUUAAGAGGGGAUGCCCCUGAUUCGACCAUGGUCAGAGAAGCUCCGUUGGAAGGUAAUGAUGCUGGUGCCCAAGAGUUAGGAUCCUCUGCUUGGAGGGGCGAUGGAUCUCUUGCUAGAGGAAGCGGAUAUCCCGUAAAGCGGUUUCCUCACACAGAUAACCAGAAAACUGAUUCAAACGGGUUACAUUCAGACAGUAAUAGCAUGCAGUCUGGGUGGAGGAGCAAAUCUCAUUUGUUCAAAAGUAAAGGAGAGAAAGGUGAUGGUGGUUGUUUUAGUUUGAAACGAAGAUCGUUGGUUUUAAGCAUAUUGAUAUCCAUAGUUGUAGCAUGUUUUCUGAUAGAGACGAUGCUACAGAACUCCAUGUCAGUUCUUUUUAGGCAUACAGAAUUCUUUCCAGGUCUUACAGGGGAAGUCCUUGGCAGAUUUGGAGAGAGAAGGCCGUUAGCUGAACAGUUAUUGUUUGGGGCGCAUGUUAGAUUUGUUCCAUCGAAGCUUGAAGAACGAUUCAUGAGUCAUAGAAGCAUUGAUGAAUUGCGUGAGCAAAUGAGAAAUCCCAACCGUCCUCCACAACUAGCAAUAGUUUCUCCAAAUCUCGAAAAAGAACCUUCAUCUCUUAUGUUAAUAACUAUUACAAAAGGUCUUCAGGUGUUGGGAUAUCAUCUUCAGGUUUAUGCAUUUGAAGAAGGGCCUUUGCAUUCUGUUUGGGAAGAAAUGGGUUGUCAUGUCAGCCUUCUAGAUCUUAAUUCCACGAAGGGUUUUACUGUUGAUUGGUCAAAUUUUGAAGGCGUAAUUGUGACUUCAAUUGAAGCCAAAAAGGCAAUAUCAAGCCUUAUGCAAGAGCCUUUUAGCUUGGUACCUGUAAUAUGGAUAAUUCAGGAGGAUACUCUUGGAAAACGUCUGAGACUUUAUACUUCAAAUGGCUGGAAGCAUAUUAUUUCGGAGUGGCAGCAUACCUUUCAACGAGCAGAUGUGGUGGUGUUUCCAGAUUAUACCCUGGCAAUGAUGUACAGUCAGCUUGAUACAGGAAACUUCUUUGUAAUACCUGGUUCUCCACAUGAUGCAUGGGUUGCAGAAAGGUUCUCCGCAUUACAUGGAAAAGAGGAAUUACGAAUGAGUCUAGGACUCAAUAAAGAGGAUCUUGUUGUGCUUGUGGUUGGUAGUCCUUUCUUCUACAGUGGUUUGUGGUGGGAACAUACCAUGGCAAUACAGGCCCUCCAACCGAUAGCAUUGAAGUUUAUCAAGCAUCAUCAUAAAUCAUUUAAACUUGUUAUCCUGAGCAGGAAUUCAACAGGUGGCUAUGCUAUUGCUUUGCAGGCAAUUGCUUCUCAUCUAAAUUUUCCAGAUGGAGUUGUUCAGCAUUACAGUAUGGAUGAUGAUGUAAAUGCUAUGUUAAGGAUAGCGGAUAUCGUUCUUUAUGGAUCAGUCCGAGAGGAGCAAGCAUUCCCACCGAUUCUUAUUCGUGCCAUGUCGUUUGGACUUCCAGUUGUUGCUCCUAAUCUGACUAUUAUAGAGAAGCAUAUUGUAGAUGGAGAACAUGGCCUCAUUUUUCCUUCUGGAAACAUAAAAUUGAUGACACGGACAGUUUCUCGUGCAAUAUCAAAUGGUAAAUUAUCUCACUUGGCACGCAAGAUCGCAUCUUCUGGCCAGGUGCAUGCUAAAGAUCUUCUAGCUUCAGAAUCUGUUCUUGGUUAUGCAAACCUUCUUGAGAAGGUCCUUCAGUUCCCUUCUGAGUCCAUGCUUCCUAAACCAAUUUCAAGUAUCCCAGAGAAAGUGAAAAAUGGGUGGCAGUGGGAUCUUUUCAUAGAACCAAAGUCAGUAAAGGAUGAUCAAGUUGCUGGAAAUAUAUUUGCAGGGAUGGAUCAGCCAACUAACUCUAGUAUAGUGUUCAGUAUUGAAGAUCUACUGAAAUCAAGGCCAGUUUCCAUUGAUAGCUCACAAUAUCAGACCAUGACUACAAAAGAUGAAAUCCCUGGUCCAGUUGACUGGGAAGUGCAGAAGUCCAUGGAAAUAGUUGAAGAGACUGAGAGGCGAGAGGAGGAUGAGCUGGAGGAAAGAAUGGAGACUCUCAGAGGCACAUGGGAAGAUGUGUAUCGGAAUGCAAGGAAGGCCGAGAGAAUAAAAUUUGAGAUUAAUGAAAGAGAUGAAGGCGAGCUUGAAAGAACUGGCCAAUCAUUAUGCAUUUAUGAACUUUAUUAUGGGUCUGGUACCUGGCCUUUCUUGCAUACUGGUGCUCUCUACCGUGGAUUAAGUCUUUCUGUAGGAGGACGACGGGUAGCAGCAGAUGAUCUUGAGGCAGCAUAUCGGCUACUGCUUCUAAAUGACAGCUAUUAUAAAGAUGUUCUUUGUGAGAUUGGAGGCCUUUUCGCUAUUGCAAAUAGAAUUGAUAACAUCCACAAGAAUCCAUGGAUUGGCUUUCAAUCCUGGCGUGCGACUGGAAGAAAGGUUUCUUUGUCAACUGAAGCUGAAAAUAUUCUUGCAGAAGCAGUGCAGUCAGAGAGUAAUGAGGAUACAAUGUAUUUUUGGGCCCGAAUGGAUAGAGACACUAAAAAUGGAAUUCAGGGAACAGGGCAUGAGGAUAAUAAUGAUUUCUGGUCAUUUUGUGACAGAGUCAAUUCUGGGAAGUGCAGAGUUGUUUUUGAGAAUGCAUUUAGGAAAAUGUAUGAUCUCCCAUCAAACCGGACUGUGCUCCCACCCAUGCCUCAUGAUGGAGAUUCUUGGUCUGUCCUCCAUAGCUGGGCCUUGCCAACACCGUCUUUUCUUGAGUUUGUAAUGUUCUCAAGAAUGUUUGUUGAUGCUUUGGAUGCUCAACUUUAUGAAAAACAUCAUGAAAAUGGCACAUGCAUUUUAGGAACUUCGAGAAGAGAGGAAAAACAUUGUUACUGCCGUCUGCUGGAGCUUCUAGUCAAUAUCUGGGCUUAUCACAGUUCCAGGAAAAUGAUAUAUCUUGAUCCUCAGACUGGGUUAAUGCAAGAGCAGCAUAGUUUGGCUGAUCGCAGGGGUCAUAUGUGGGAAAAAUAUUUCAAUUUUACAUUGUUGAAGACCAUGGAUGAGGAUUUGGCUGAAGAGGCAGAUGAUGAUCAUCCAAACAAGAGGUGGAUAUGGCCCUUAACAGGAGAGGUCUACUGGCAAGGGAUUUAUGAAAGAGAACGUGAAGAACGCUACCGCUUGAAAAUGGAAAAGAAAAGGAAAAGCAAGGAAAAGCUACUAGAACGCUUAAGAUCUGGGUAUAAACAGAAAUCACUUGGAAGAGUUCAGAGGCCACCUUCUGAUAUCAAUGCAACUGAUCACUGACAUUGUGUGGCGACCCAGAGUAUCAUUUGAUUCUUUGCUCUAUUCAGGAAAUUAACAAAGCACCAGAUUCUUUAUGUUGGUUCCCAAAAUUUUCCUCUCAUUGUUGCCACAUGGCAGUUUAGCAUUCAGAAACCAGAGGCAUCUCACAAGUUAAAGCUGUGUGGAGCAACCUGGCAAUAUAUGCUCUCGUUUCUGAGAUUUUGUAUUAUAAUAACCAAUGGCUGUUUUAUGAAAGAUAUCAAGAAUUUAAUUUUUUGGUUGCAA